CAACGAUUACUUUGAUUGGACGAAAAUACCUAAUGGAAAAUCUUAACACAUGAUAGUUUAGGAAAUUUACCACAUGGCUAUGCUAGCAGAACCACGUAACAAACGCAAAAUUUCGAUUAACCCAAAUGGAAAUGCAUGGAGUAACGAUACCACUAAAUUUGGCCAGAAGUUAAUGAAAAAGUUUGGUUGGAGUGAAGGAAAAGGUCUUGGAGUAAAGGAGGAUGGAAUUUCCGAUCACAUCAAAGUUGACUAUAAAUUUGGAAAUAAAGGUGUAGGGUAUAAGAAAGAUCAGGGUGACAACUGGAUAGCCCAUCAGGAUGACUUCAAUGCCAUACUGGCCAACCUGAAUGAAGGAAACUCAGAACAGCAGGCCUCUGUGUCCAGUAUUGAGUCAGCGUCCAAAAAAUCACGCAGCCGAGUCCACUACCAGAAGUUUGUUCAGGGAAAAGACUUGUCAAACCGAUCAGCCACCGAUUUAGACUCCAUAUUUGGUGUACGCAAAGAGAAGAAAAAAAGCAAACAGAAAGAAACGGAAGAGGAAGCACCUAGCGAGAAAGAAGUCGAGGCUGACAGUGGGUCUUUGGUAACCUAUAACAGCAAACAAAGUUUACAAGAAUACUUUGCCCAAAAAAUGGCAGAAAAACGAAGAGGAAGUCAACCUAUUCCAACUUCUGUAGAAUCAAUCAAGGAGGAAGAGGCAAGUGAAAAUGGAUCAGUGUCAGAGAAAAAGAAAAAGAAAAGAAAGAAUAAAUUAGAGGAAACAAAAGAUGAGGAUAAAGAUGCAAAAGUGGGAUUUUAUCUAGAUGAUGAAUCUGAGAAGACAGUUAAAAAGAGGAAGAAAAGAAAUGCAUCUGAUGUGGAAGAAACCACGGAUUCAUCUGUUGUUGAUAAGGAAUGUGUUAAAAAAUCAAAAAAGUCGAAAAAGAAAAAAAAGGAGAGAAAAGCUACUGAGGAUGAACCUUGCUCAGAGGAGAUGGCAGAAACUGUGGACAGUCCCUGUGUGAAAGAAAGUGACAAAACUCAGGAAAAAUACACGGAGGGAGAACAGCAAACAGAGGCAGAUGGGAAUGACUGUUUUACAGGCAAACUCUCAAAGAAACGGAAGUCAGAGAGCUGUGAAGACGUGCCAAAGAAGAAGAAAAAAAAGUCUAAAAAAGGUGAGUCAAGUGUUGAAAUGACAACUGAUGGUCGGGCAAAGCGAGUUGUGUUUGAUUCCGAAGGAAACCUUGAAAGAGUUGAAAACACCCAGGAAACCCUGGUGAAUAUAACGAAAGAGAGCUACAUGAAAACAUUUAUGCCUAAUUACACCGAAAAAAUCAAAACUGGUGGUAGUGAAAAACAGCCGCCAAUCAAAAAAGCAAAGACAAAGAAACUUAAAGACAAGUCUGUUAGAGUAAGUAAAGUGAAAACAAAGCAGAAAAGUGAAGAAAGUUUCUGGAGCAAACCAAAACAGUAUGCAUCACAGCAAAAACUUGUACAACAGACAUAUCCAGAGAGAAGACCUGUAGCUCACAGAUUAUGUAAGGAGAAUAGUGUUGUGCAGCGGGCUAGAGACACUAGGGUACUGCGUCCACAAAGACCAAGUGUUCAAACAAGGUCCAAUUGGCAAGGAAGCAGAGAAGCGUUAUCCAAUGACAGGAGGGCACCGCCAAUGCCAGUAAAAAGAGCAACAACUUAUGAGGAGCGAAUGGAGAGAAAGAAGAAAUUAGAGGAAGACAUUAUAACAAAACUCCCAUCCAUUGUAGACUUGUUUAAAUCUAAAGGAGCCAGUAUGCAUGCUAUCAGUGGUGUGUAUGUUAAACCAGUUGAAAAAGAAAUAAUAAAAAAGGAACCUGCUAAAAAAGGUCAACGAAAAAUAGUGAAAAAGAAACCUGCUGGCAAACCAGCUAAGCAGCAAGAUUCUUCGAAAAAGUCAAAGAAAACAGUAAAGAGAAAGACUCCUAAAAAGAAAAGUAGCAAGCCAAAGGCAUUGACUGAAGCUGAUAAGUUAAGGAUAGAACAAAUUAGUAAAACAAAAGGAAAAACACUCACUCGCCAUCAGUUGAAAAAAUCCCUGUGGUAUUCUAAACAAAAAUUCAAAAAGUAGGCUUGGAGGCAAGAAAUUAUGAAACCCUGUAAUCCAUUGGCAGGUUAAGGAGACUUUGCAGAGACAUUCUUAUUAUUAAAGCUCACCCUAAAGUACACAUACAUUAACUUGUAUAUCAAGUCAUUCAUCAAUGAUUUCUUGAUCUGUACAAUGUAUUUUUAGAUCUAAAUGAUAUGUAAAUUCAGUUUUGAGAUGUAAAUUAUAACGUUACAGUUGACAAACUCUGAGAAUGAAACAAGAAAGAUAUAAAUAAUGUAAUGAUUGUAUCUUUUGUUACAGAAUUAAGUCUAAAUAUUAACAUGAAGUGGUUUUAUGCUGUUUGAAAUAUGAUUGUUAUGGAAUAAACUUGUAAUUUAUAUAAUAAAUCUUGUAAUUGGUGUAUAUGGAAA